AUGUCUACCAUUCGCAGCAUCACCACUCUUGCUCUCGCCCUUGGCGCCGCGGCAGCCCCUCAGCUUGUUCAAUUCACUCCGGUUCAGCCUCCCAAACCCGACGUCCCGAAGGUCCACGCUCCCAGUGUCACCCCUCCGGCAUUCCCCACGAUUGAACCCACGGCCCCGACUGUCCCGCCGAUCAACAUCAACAAGGACCUAAUCCUCGAGCCGGCUUUGCCGAAUGUGGAGUUGAAGGGCCCGAAGGUAGCACGAGACCUUCCGGUCAAGCUCACUCCGCAAGGCCUUGAGAUCUCGGUCAGCGCCCCCAUCGUCGUGCCCACCGCCGGCGCGGGUCUUCCGGCACUGGCUCCUCGCGAGGAUGACUUCCCAGUCGACCUCAACGCGAUCCAGCCACCCAAGCCUGUUCUCCCAAACGUUUCCACUCCAACCCUGUCUGUCAAGAUCCCUGACGUCGUCAUCUCCUACCCAAAGGUUCCCAAUGCUCCCAAGCUGCCUCGCCGCAACAUCAAGAUUCCCGAGUCCGUCAUCCCCACCCAGUCCGUGGAUCUCCAAGCGAUUAGCAGCAUCAUCUCAGCCCUGGGUGGCCUCGUCACUGCCCGCAACGCUGAGCCUCAGCCUGCGAAUGUGGUGCUCGAUCUUCCCGCAGCCACCAGUGUUCUCUCUGUUCUUGGCGACAUCAAGGCCUCCGUUGCAGCUCGCGAGAUACCGACGCCUCUUCCUGUUGUCAGCUCGGUUCUUUCUGUCUUCAGCGACAUCAAGGCCGCGAUCAUUCCUCGCCAGACACCCGAUGUGCUUCCUAUUGUCAGCUCUAUUGCAUCAGUCGCUGGCGGUGUCAAGGCCGGCAUCAUUGCCCGCGAGACUCCCGAGGUGCUCCCCAUUGUGAGCUCGGUUCUGAGCGGUGUCAAGGCUCCCGUUUUUGCCCGCGAGACUCCUGAGAUCCUUCCAAUCAUCAGCUCGGUUCUCAGCAGUGUCAAGGCCGGAGUUCUUCCCCGCGAGACUCCUGAGGUGCUCUCCAUCGUCAGCUCGGUUGUUGGCGGCAUCAAGGGUCCCGUUGUCGCCCGCGAGACUCCUGCCGAACUCCCCAUUGUCAGCUCUGUUGCCUCUGUCGUCGGCGACAUCAAGGCCUCGCUUCUUCCUCGUGCGCUGCCAGUUGAGGUUCCCAGCACCACCGUCGACAUCGCCGCUGUCAAGACUGUCAUGGCCGUCUUGAAGAGCAUCAUCGACUCUCGCGAUCUCGCGGCCGUUGGCGUCACCAUUCCCAGCGUCACCGUCGAGGUUCCUAUUGUCAGCUCUGUCCUCUCUGUCUUGAGCAACGCCGCAGGCACUGGGCUGCCCAUCAAGGCUGCUCGCGGCACCCUCCCCGAGGUUCCCGCCGCUGUUGUCGCUGUCGGUGUUGACGUUCCCGCCUUCACCGCGACCGUUCCCGUGCCGGUGCCCGUUGCUGCCCGCACCGCGAUCGACCUGCCGCUUAGCACUCUCAUUCAAGUCCCUUCCAUCAGCAAGACCAUCGAGCUGCCCGCUGUCCAAACCCCUGAGUUGAAGGGCAAGUUCACCGCAGGCAAGCGCACCACCGCUGGAGUUAUCGGCGAUGUCCAGGGAAAGAUCGACGAAAUCCUGUCUGCUGUUCCUCAGUAA